CUCGGUCCGCGCGGCCUCCUCCGCGACUCCCCGACCCGCGGCGCGGCCAGCGACGAUGGACAACAUCCUCCUGCUCACGGACUCCUACAAGGUCAGCCACUGGAAGCAGUACCCGGCGAAGACGACGACGGUCUAUAGCUACUUCGAGUCCCGCGGCGGCAAGUACGACGAGGUCGUCUUCUUCGGCCUCCAGUACUACGUCAAGAAGUACCUCGUCGGCGAGCAGGUCACGAAGGCGAAGAUCGACGAGGCGGAGCGGUUCUACGGCGAGCACUUCCCGCCGGGCUUCGAGUUUAACCGCGCGGGCUGGGAGCACAUCCUCGAGAAGCACGGCGGCCGGCUGCCGCUGCGCAUCAAGGCCGCGCCCGAGGGCACGGUCGUCGGCGCGAAGAACGUGCUCAUGACCGUCGAGAACACGGACCCGGCGUGCUUCUGGCUCACGAACUUUGUGGAGACGCUCCUGGUCCAGGUCUGGUACCCGAUGACCGUGGCGACGCACUCGCGGGAGCAGAAGAAGGUCGUGGCCAAGUACUUGGAUGUGACGGGCGACGUCGCCGGCCUGGGCUUCAAGCUCCACGACUUCGGGUUCCGCGGCGUGUCGUCCGUCGAGACCGCCGGCGUCGGGUCCUGCGCGCACCUCGUCAACUUCCUGGGCACGGACACGGUCGCGGGUCUCGUCGUGGCCAAGGACUACUACGGCGCCGAGUCCGCGGCGGGGUUCAGCAUCCCCGCGUCGGAGCACUCGACGAUCACGUCGUGGGGCGAGAGCCGGGAAGUCGACGCGAUGCGGAACAUGCUCGAGGUCUACCCGGCGGGCCUCGUGGCCUGCGUCUCCGACUCCUACGACAUCUUCAAGGCCUGCGGCGACCUGUGGGGCACGCAGCUCAAGGACGCGGUGCUCGCGCGCGACGGGUGCCUCGUCGUCCGGCCCGACUCGGGCGACCCGCCGUCGACGGCGAUGCGCGUGCUGACCAUCCUCGGCGACAAGUUCGGCAAGGAGAAGAACGACAAGGGCUACUGGGUCCUCGACAGCCACGUGCGCGUCAUCUGGGGCGACGGCAUCGACUACGAGAUGAUCUGCGCCGUGCUGUCGACGCUCGCGGACGCGGGCUGGUCCGCGGACAACAUCGGCUUCGGCUCCGGCGGCGGCCUGCUCCAGAAGCUGAACCGCGACACGCAGAAGUGCGCCUUCAAGUGCUCGUCCAUCGUCGUCGACGGCGCGGCGCGCGACGUCUUCAAGGACCCCGUCACGGACAAGGGCAAGGCGUCGAAGAAGGGGCGCCUCGCGCUCGUGGACGUCGACGGGACGCUGACGACGAAGACGCAGUGCGCGCCGGGGCCCGUCGAGGGCGACGUGCUCGCGACCGUCUUCGAGGACGGCGCGCUCCUCGUCGACGACACGCUCGAGACCGUCCGCGAGCGCGCGGCGCUGCCGCCGCUGGACACGUUGCCGCUGCCCCGCGGCAAGAGCGCCGCGCCGCCGCCGCCGUUGAAGAAGCCCGAGGUCCUCGCCGCGUGCCCGACGCUCGGCGGCAUGCUCGGCUUCUAGGCGCGCGCGCCGGAGGCCGACCCCCUUUCUCGAGUCUCGCUUAGCACCGCAUCUGCGC